AUGUAUAAGUCCCACUUAAGUAGCUUUUUCUUGCUGCUGCUGGCAGAAGGAUUUUUUGGGAAUCGAUUUCAAAUUAAUUUGAUAAAGGAGCUGAGUAGUAAACAGUUACCGCAUAACUUUGUGAUUUCGCCGUUUGCGAUUCACCAGGCUCUGGCACUUCUCUAUCUAGACAAGGAUAUUCGCAAGGAUUACCAAUUGGCCAAGGCCCUUCAAUUUACAGGCCGUCGUAGUGCCAAGAUUGUGAACUUUUUCGGAAAAGCACGUUGGAAAGCGAAUAGGCAGCAUUUUGUAAUGGCAAAUCGAAUUUAUUUUUCACCGGAUUACAAUGUAUCGGAAAACACACAGAAAAUAAAUAAAGAUCUCGGUGUGGAUGUGGAGCACAUGAACUUCUCCGACGGCCAAAAGUCAGGCGAUGAAAUUAAGAAGUGGUUAAGCAAAACCAUUGAGAAGGCUUCACAAAACAUUUUUGAUAAAAAUGAUUUAAGCAACGCCACUCAACUUGUGGCCUUACAGGGUAUGUCUAUGUCGUGUUUGUGGAAGCAUCGAGCUAAAUCGCUGACAAAACAGAGCUUUAGUAUCGCCAGACCUAACAAGACGCCUUACAUCAUCAGAGUCGAUAUGAUGUAUACUAAAGCUCCAUUUGAGUUUUUCAACGAUGACGAAGUCCGCGGUGUUAUGAUCCCAUUUUCUAGGACCGAUAUCGGUAUGCUGGUGUUGAUUCCCAGACGACAGGGCACCCAGAAAGUGCUACAAAAUCUGGAUAAAUAUUUGCAAAUAAAAAUGAGAAAAGCAGAAGAGACUCAUGUGUUCUUGCCCCUUUUCACAGUCCAAGAAACAAUGGACUUAAAUGCAGUCCUGAAAGCUGUGGGCAUUAAGAAUAUUUUCAACAACGUUGGUGACGAAAGCCAUGCGGAUGCAGCUAAUUUCAAGCAAUUCAACUUUCUGGAAGUCAAGCCUAAUCGGGUGUUAAUAAAAGCAGAUGUGGGGAGCGACAACGACCAAAGAGUCGUCAAAGUCAACCAGGCAUUUGUGUUCGUUAUCAAGGAUCAGAGCAACAUUUACAUGGUCGGGCGGAUGGAGAAUAUUUGAUAGUGCAGUUGCAGGAAUUUCCACUGAAAUGUCAGCUGAAUUGUAAAUUAAAUUAACUUGAAUUAAGCCAAACAAGA